AUGAAGACCUUUUUGACUUUGAUUAUCGUUUGUUUGUUCGUUGAUUGUUUUGGAAAUUAUUGUUACUGGAAUACUGGUUGUCCUUACAAAUAUUUAUCUAGCGAUACCCCCUACAAUUUAGUGCGCGGUGAUAUUCGCGACUCCGUAGUUAAAUUAAAAGAUUGUGAGCCAGUAAGCAUAUGGGGAAUCUACAAGCAUGGAAAACGCUACCCCGACGAGCAUACAGGAAAAGCCAUGGUAGACGCUAUUUCAUUCAGGAAAGACAUAUUGUCUAGUUACGAUAAAGGUCGCAGUUCAUUAUGCGCCCAAGAUAUGGAGAAUUUACGCAAUUGGCAAUUUGAUGAUAAAAUUUUCGGAGACAAAAGAGAUGUAACGGAUGAGGGCCGAAAUGAAAUGAUGUUUCUUGGAAAACGGUUGAGGGAAGCGUUUCCUGAUAUCCUCAAUGGAAUAAACAAAAGCACUUCGACCUUUAGAUCGUCAAAAGGAAUGUGGUUGGAGAAUAGCAUCAAAGAAUUUGUACGUGGAUUGGGAAAUAAAAAUGUGGUUAUCGACCCACCUAAAACUGACUACGAUUAUAUCGCUCCUUACUUGAAUUGUGAGAAAACAUUCGAAAGUAACCCGGAAGUGUUUGUCGAAAUCAAUAAAUAUCUAAACACGUCUGAUUACCUUGUUGUUAAGGAUCGCAUACAUCGUCGAACCGGGAUGGAUUACGUGCUCACAGACGACAAUGUUACAGCAUUGUAUAAUUUAUGUCGUUACACGUGGUCCGGAAUUGACGGCAAAGCGAGUCCUUGGUGCGCUCUAUUCACGAAAGACGACCUCCAAGUCCUGGAGUACGAAGGAGACUUGAGAACGUACUACGAAAACGGCUACGGUUCAAGAUUUAACGAGAUAUUUGGAGGAAUGCCGUUAGCAGAUCUAUGGAGUAAUUUUUAUAGAGCUAGAAAUGGAGGGGAUAAGAAAAUGGUAGGGUAUGUUACGCAUGGCAGGAGUUUAGAACAAAUUUACACAGCGCUAGGGUUGUUUAAGGAUGUUAUUCCUCUGUCAGCUGGGAAGAGAGAUCCAGAUAGGAAUUGGAGGAGUAGCGUCAUGUCUGCUUUCGGUGGUAAUUUCGUCGCUGUUUUAAACAAGUGCACAAUUUCGAACGUGGAAGACCAUAAUAUUGUAUUCUAUAUGAACGAGGAGCCUAUAAGAUCAAUUUGCGAAGACGGCGUGUGUUCUUGGCAAGAGUUCGAAUACAAAUUGAAGCCAUUUGUCAAUACCAACUUCGAUUUUUGUCAGUUUAUAUAG